UUCUUCCUCUUUCAGUCUUCUUUCUGAUCACAUGUUCUCAUGUCAAUGGUUUCAAGAAUUGGUUCAAGUUGAGAUGGUGCAUAAAUAUUAAGCUUCCUAGGUUACCCUCUCAUCCUUCUGGUUGUUUUCUCAAGAAAAAAAUUGAUAUUUUUAAAAUGGGCAUGGUUGAAACUGCAUCCAAGGCAUCAUUUGGGGGUUCAUCUCCGAGUGACAAUAUGGUUCAAGGUUCAGAGCUGGAGAACGAGCAUAGGGAAGGUCUUGGUGGGGUUCCUGAAAAUGACGAUGGAUUUUCUAGCCUUGGAAAUCAUGGUUUGAGUGAUGAUGGGGCUGUUGAAGCUGUUAAGAGUAGUGUCAUAGAGAAACAGGUUUUUGUUCUGAGGGAAAAUGAUUGUCAAGUUUUAGCUGAUUCUGAGAUGAAUGCUGUAAGCAUGGCGUUUUCUAGUGGUGAUACUGAGAAGUUGGAGUGUGUUUUUGCUUCUGAAAGUGAGAGGAGAGUAGCAGAAGCUGUUGUUUUGAGGGUGGAUGGUUUGGUAGGGAAGAAAAGUGAGGAAGGAGAAAAAGAUAAAGAUUGUGAUGUGAAUGUUGUGGCUACUGUACAGGUUCCAAUUGCCGAUACAAAUGAGAAUAUGGAUGUAGAAGUGAAGGAGUUAAGCAAUGAAGGGUAUGGUUUUGCUGUUGGUGAUUUUGUUUGGGGUGAAAUUAAGAGUCAUCAUUGGUGGCCUGGCCGGGUUUAUGACCCAUCUGAUGCAUCACACCUUACCUUGAAGAACAAUAGACUCCUUGUUGCUUACUUUGGGGAUGAAAACUAUGCGUGGUGCCAUCCGUCACAAUUAAAGCAUUUUGAGGAGAACUUUGAUGAUAUGGUUAAGCGGAGUAGGUCUGUAGCUUUUGUCAAUGCUGUGCAAGAAGCUGUAAAUGAAUUUGGAAGGCUUCUGUAUGUAAACAUGAGUUGUUCACUUAAGUCCUCUCCCCCAAUGGCGAAAAAUUCUGGAAUCAAGGAAGGUGUUCUUGUGGCUGAAAAUGACAUAGGAAGACUUCUAGAUGUUUCAGUUGAUCCAGCUGAAUUACUUUCUCGAGUGAAACAAAUUGCAAAAAUUAUUGAUAUUGCUAGUAUUCUGGAGCUGGAAAUAUUGAAGGCUCAGCUUUCAGCCUUUUAUUUAUCAAAAGGGGGGUAUAAGUUGCCUGAUUAUGUGGAUCCCAAGCCGAUUCCUGGAUUUGAAGAUAGUCUAAUGGUUGAAACAGUUGAUGUAGGUAACAGUAAGAGUUCGGUGAAAGCACCCGGCCAAGGGCCAUUUGAAGAGGACUACUCUACUUUGUUAGUGAGCUCAACAUCUGGUGAAUUGUGUCAUUCUCCAUUGCUUUUAGCGAAUGGAAUAAACCAUAGAAGAAAGCAGAAAAGCAUUGCUGAAAUUAUGGGGGAGAACAUAGAUGUUCAUGUCAAAAAUAUAGAGGGAUAUGCAGCUGAUCAAAUGGUGGAUGCAGUUGGGUCAAGCAGUAGAAAAAAGAGAAAAGAUAGUGAGAAGAAUGCAAUGGCAUCUGAAUCAGUUCAGAUGAAAAUGUUGCUUCAAGACACUCAUAGAAAUGUGUCAAGUGCUGAAAAUGAUGGCAUUGGGGGCAAGGAAAACAUUAACAUUGGCACAUCGAUGUAUUUAAAAGAGAAGAAAGAAGGUUUUGGCUAUGAAAACAAUAGCAAUGAGAGCAAAAAGGAAACUGAUGAAGGGGGAACUGAAGGACGAAAUGAAAAGGGUUAUUUGUCUAGAGAAAGGAAGAAAAGCAAGUACUUGUCACCUCCUUUCACCACUUCGAUCAGCGGGGUAAUGAAGGGAUACGUAGAACAAGAAUCCCUUAAAGUAUCCGGCAAAGCUAGACCGCCACAAGGAACGGCCAGGGCUGCUGGCAAGCUUUCCCCUACUAUUUUGAAGUGUAACGGUGAGACAUUUCAAGAGAAUUUCUCCAAGGAAGUUGAGAAGGAGUGGAAGCUUUGUAAUAGCUCUAAUUACCAAAAACAAGAUGAUGAGAAAAAGACCAUUGAUCCAAAGAAAAUCCAAGCUCCUGUGGGAGAAGUUCUGUCUCAAGUCCACUAUGCAGCUAUUAGUCCAUUAAUUCCUUGGGAAAGCACUUCUCUUGAUCAAGUUGUGGACUUCAUUUCUGUCUUUAGAAGUUCAUUAUGUUGCCAAGGAUCAUUAUGCCAAGCAUACAAGAAACAGCAACCUGGAAGGAAGAGAAAGAAAGCAGAAUCUGAACAUGCAAUGUUGAGGAAAGAUCAAAGCCAAUCUGAUCGUAUAUCACCCAAUCUAGAUUCUCAGCCAACAAAGAGAAGAAAGGAAACAAUUGCAGGCAUUUCAAAAGUAAAGAGAGUUCCUGAAACUAACAUUGGUAAUAAGGGAACUGAUGAAAAUGCUCAAGGUGCUGUUCUUUUUGUUUCAUUUUGGCCAGGGUCCUCUCUGCCCUCAAAACCGGAUCUCAUCACAAUUUAUAGUAAAUUUGGAGACCUAAAUGAAGCAGAAACAGACAUGUUCCGUACAAAUUUCACUGCUCGGGUGUCCUUCCUAAGAACUCGUGAUGCUGAAAAGGCAUUAAACCACUCACAAAACAAUAACCCUUUUGAAUCUUCUGAUGUCACUUUUCAGCUCCAGUAUGUCUCUGAUGGAUCAAAGUCUGCACAACAUGGUGAAAGAUCAAAGUCUAAACCUUUGCCAGCCAAGAAGGAAGACACCACCCCAUCUGUUCCCCUGUCACAUGGUAGUGAAGCAUCAAAAUUGAUCUUCAUAAAACAGAAACUCCAAGGCCUGACUUCAAUGUUAGCAUCAUCAGGUGACAAAUCUCAUGAUAUGUUGACAAAAUUGGAGAGCGAGAUGAAAGCCCUUCUGGAGGAUGUGAACAAAAUGGUUGAAUCUUCAUCAUAGAUCGAUCACACGUAGGAAACUAGUAAUUAUGUAACAAUGAUUAGGGUAGGUUUAGUGAUGAUAUGCAAUUAACUUUUUGUGAUCUGUCAUUAUCUGAGGCUCUUUUUGUUUGACUCUGUAUGCCUACCUUUAUUUAUUAGAUAAAUCACUCGGUGUAGUGUGAUGGGGUCAAGAUUUUUGGUUUCGUGUCCAUGAUAUGCACACGUUCCAUGCAUCUCUCUAGUUUUAAUAUAUCUCAACAUUUUUCUAGAUUAUUUAAUCUCUUCGUGGUGGUAAUAUGCAAACAACUCAUAAGGAUAAAGUAUAUUAUUCUUU